GAUAUAACUGAUGAUAAAAUCAGCUGAAAGUUGAAGUUUUCAGACCGAUAGAUGAUGUUACCUGUUCAAUGUUCAAGUUUUCAGGGGAUGGGUUACAUUACUUUACUUCACUUGACAAUUUGAGUGAGUUUUUUUAUGCUUCAACAUGAAAGCAAACAGUCUCAUCAUCUUUUUGAGUUGUGUGAUUUGUUAAAAGAGUGCAAAAUAAUUUCCGUCAUGUUUUAUGUUUAUUAUAUUAUCAGUUUAUAUAUUAUGUAAUAUAAUAGUUACCUGAUUAAUCUUGUUUUAACCUUAUUUCUUCUUCUUUGCUACUAUUAGCAACAACCCAAAGUAAACAUUGAACAUCCAACAUUUACCAGUAAACAACAUCAACAACACACCAUCAACACAACAAAAAAGCAUUAAACACCAAAAGAUAAACAACCGUUUCAACAACAAAGAUUGGAUUAAUUUAUUGAACAUUACCGAUUACAGACCUGUUAAAAAGGGUUUGGUAUGAUUGAGUGAGUCAAGUGUAUUGACGUGAACCAGGCUUUAGGACAACACUGUAAAUGGCAUGGUUUUUCAAGUUGUUGCUUAGCUCACAACGUUUUUCAUCAAAUCAUUAACAACCUUUAUUCACAUAGCAAAAGACCCAAAAUAACCAGCCAACCUGAAUCUGAAUUUAUCCCUAUUCUUGAACAUGGAAGUUGUUCAACGAUCAAACUCUGCUCCAUCAACACCAACCGGACCCUCAUCGGGUGAUGAGAAACGAAGCCAAUCAUCAAUAGACGGUUUCUCGGUUAAAGGUCGUAAAGUACAAUUCCCAUCGGAUGAAGAGAUUGUGACCAAAUAUUUUGAUGCCCCCGACCCUUGGUCCUAUUUAGCACCUCAUCAAUUGACCUCUCAAAGUUUGAUUGAAGCAUAUCAAAAUGCCUGUGAUAACCAAGGAACCAAACCUUUACCGCGAGUCUUGAGCCAACUUCAGAAACUCCAUGGUUUUACCGACAGAGAAGAAGAUCUUAACCUGAAAGGUGAAAAAUUAGACGCAAAAGGCUGUGAAGCUUUGGAAGAAAUUUUCAAACGAAUAAGAUUUCGCUCAAUUAACCUGGAAUCAUGUAAUCUUGAUGAAGAGGGAGCUUCAUCAUUGUUUGACAUGAUUGAAUACUAUGAAUCAGCAACUCAUCUUAAUCUUGCCAAUAACAAAGCCAUUGGAAUGAGAGGAUGGCAGGCUUGUUGCCGAAUGCUGAAAAAGACUCCAUGUUUACAGCAUUUGGAUUUACGUAAUUGCAGUCUAAGUGAACAAGUUUUACUCAUCUUGGGCCGAGCAUUAAGAAUAGGUUCUCAUUUAGUUUCCCUUCGAUUGGAACGAAGUGGAAUAUCAAGUCGCGCUUUGGCAAUAUUGGUUGCUGCUCUUAAACUGAAUACAUCCUUACAAUAUUUAUACCUGGGAGACAAUAAAUUGUGUUCAGGUGAUGCUAUCCAAAUAGGUAAUCUUCUUAGAGCCAAUUCAACUCUUGAAUUUCUUGAUCUUCGAGACAAUCAUCUUCAAGAUGAAGGCUUGGAACACAUAGCGGAAGCCUUGAGAAGCCAACCCGGACCAGGUGAUGGGUUGAAAUAUUUAAUCAUCUCAAACAAUCAAAUGACCAGUCGAGGGAUGAACAGUUUAGUUGAAGCACUGCGUUACACCAAAUCACUUUGCACAGUUAAUCUUAAUGAUAAUAGUUUAGGUGAUGAAGGAAUAAUCAAGCUUAAAGAAGGAAUUAUAAUGGCACCUAAAAUUAGCGCUUUGGGUCUUAAAAAUUGUAAACUUAAUUGUCAAGGUGCCAUUGCGAUAGCUGAUUGUUUCAUGGAAGGAGAUAAUCUUCGUCGAGUUGACCUUCGAGAAAAUGACAUCGCAGAAAGAGGUUUACUUGCACUUUGCCUGGCAGUUCAAACAAAUCGUCAAGUGUUUCGAGUGGACAUUUCAAAUAAUAUAAUCUCAACAAAAGAUCCAACCGAUCCUUCAUCGACCAACUGUUCACAAUUGAUAGCACAAAUUAACCUUGCCUGUGAAUCAAAUCAAAAGGCUCAUGCUAAAGGAGAAGACAUUAUUUUCAUUGAUCAGGGAUUAGAAUCUCCAGGAGCAAAGAUUGAUCUAUUUCCGUAUGGAACUUUUAAUGAACUCAACCAAUCUGAGGUUGAAUACAGAAAUUCAUAUUAUCAAGAGAUUUCUGAUUCCCUUCAAGAGAUAACACAUAAUCAAUCAAAAGUUUCUCAAGCUCAUCCUCGUAAGCCCAUCUUGAGAAGCUCAAGUCUUGGUAGUUGGGACAGUAAAGCAACUCAAGUAUCUUUACCCAAAGUCAAUGAAAACAACAACAAGGAACCAGUUCGUCGUUCAGGUCGAUUCAGUGUCUCACCAGUACCGGACUCUGAUUCUCCACCACCACCGAUAGCAUCAUCUUCAUCAGCCAACCUGACACCAUCACCGUUGCUCUACUCACCCUAUCCAUCACCAGAGCCUCUUCAAUCGUCAACCUCAUCCUUUCAUCAUAACCGAGAGACACCAUCACCUACGAUAUCACCAUUACCCAGUGACAACGUUACCUCACCAUAUAAUUACAGUAAACCAUUUUACGCUGAUCCCAACAACAACACCGAAGAUAAUUUCAGUGAGGUUGCAACUUGCACAACUGCCGCGGUUAACCCAAAGCCCAAAAAGCGGAUCAGCUUUGCGUUGCCCGAUGAUACUUGUGGCUUUCCAGGUUCCUCAUCGGAAGCUUUCACUAAACUUCGCAAUCGACGAAUGAGCAGUCCAGCAGUUCCCAACAAUUCAACCGCUGUCCAUAAACCCACUCGGCCCAAAAUACCUUCACUUAAAAUGUACAAAAUUUUGGACGGACUUGAUCUUAAAAGUUCCGUUCCACUCUCACCGACUCGACUUUAUCAAAGUUUAGAAUUUCCAGAUUUAAUAUCAUGGAAAUUACCGUCCGAAAAGGAGAAACCAGUAAUGAUUGGAAUAACAAAUUGAACCAACGAAAAGGGAUUGUUAAAGUUAUCAUAAUACGCAAGAAUAAAAAGAAGAUGUGAUUAGCUAAUCAGAUUGGAGAACCUGAAAAGGGAAGGAAAUUCAGCAAAAUUGGAACGGAAAUUGAAUCAAUAAAGGAUGAUAAAAAAAAGGAUGAAAAAGGAAAGCCAAGAAAAGAAAGGAAAAAAAGACAAAAAAAUGAAGCAAAAGAUGAACCUAGUAAAUGGUGCCAAAUGCAACAAUACAGAGUAACUUUAACCUUAAUCGAAGUAAAAACUGGACAAUAAUGGACACUGAUGAACAAUGGUGAUGGACAAUAGCUAUAAAUUAUCGACAAUUAAAUCUACUUAUAUGGACCAUUAAGAAGGGGAUAAUAAAUGGCAGUCAGCAGUUGACGUUCAGUGGAACGCUAUUUUUUGAGACAAAAAAAGACUAAGAUUGACCAUUUUAUCAUCAACGAAUGGACAUCAUUUUCACAUGUCACAUUAGGCUUAAAAUGAAUUUUUCAGAAUAGAUUAAUAAAUUAAUUAUUUAGUAA